GAGUCGUUUCGCUGUAAAGACUCGGGAGUCAGCUCUCCCCGCCGCAAUUCCCCAUUUCCCGCCUCCGCCCCUCCUCCAUCUCCCGCUUCUUCUCCUCCCCGAAAACCCCAAACCCUAGCCCUCCUCAAGCUCCCUCCUCCGCCACCGGAUCGACUACCCAUGGCGCUCAAGCAGAAGGGGAGCGCCGCCACCGCCGCGCCUGACACCAACAAGCGCCGCCGCGUCGGCUUUGCCGGCAUCGAUGCUGGAAUUGAGGCAAAUGAAUGCAUGAAAGUAUUUCUUGCAAGAAACCCUGACGACGUCUGCUCAGUAAACAACACUUCUAUCGAGCCAUUUGACCUAAAUCAUUUCUUUGGUGAAGAUGGCAAGAUAUAUGGCUACACCAAUCUCAAGAUUAACGUAUGGAUAAGUGCUAUAUCAUUUCAUGCGUAUGCUGAGAUUUCAUUCCAGGAAACAUCUGAUGGAGGGAAAGGAAUCACAGAUUUAAAACCCGUUCUUCAGAGUAUUUUUGGGGAAAAUCUAGUAGAGAAAGAUGAAUUUCUGGAGACAUUCUCAAAGGAAUGCCAAUAUAUCAGUGAUGUGGUGACGAAUGGCAAUCCCAUUAAACAUGACGUCUCAGAUGAAGGCGAUUUAGAUGUUGAGAUUGUUCGAGUUGAACUCCAAGGUGCUCCUGCAUUCCUUUAUUCUCGUCUGGUGUCACUUGUUCUGCUUCUGGUUGAAGGUUCCACACCUAUCGAUAUCACAGAACAUGGAUGGGAAAUGCUCCUAGUAGUGAAGAAGGGAACACUUGGGGCAUCCACAUCGAAAUUUCAGUUGCUAGGCUUUGCAGCUGUCCAUCAUUUUUAUCAUUACCCUGAGAGCACUCGCUUGCGUAUCAGUCAGAUACUGGUCUUGCCACCUUAUCAGGGUGAAGGCCAUGGGCGUCGUCUUCUUGAGGCCAUCAAUUCUAUCGCACAAUCUGAGAACAUAUAUGAUGUAACCAUAGAAGACCCUUCUGAUUACCUUCAGUAUGUACGCACGUCCAUUGACUGCCUCCGUCUUCUCACCUUUGACCCAAUCAAGCCUGCGCUUGAUGCUAUGGUCUUGUCUCUGAUGGAGACCAACCUGUCAAAAAGGACUCGCAGUUUGGUAAUGGUUCCACCGGCUGACUUGGUUGAGACAGUGCGGCUGAUGCUGAAGAUCAACAAGAAACAGUUCCUGCGGUGCUGGGAAAUUCUGAUCUAUCUACGCCUUGAUGCUGAGGACCGCAAGUGCAUUGAUAACUUCCGGGCUUGCAUCUAUGACCGCACCAAGGGUGAAUUACUCGGCGGUGCCUCUGGAACCAAUGGGAAGCGACUUGUCCAAGUGGCAAGUAGUUUUGAUGAGGAGACAUCAUUUGCUGUGUACUGGACGAAGGAGAGUGGGGACGCAGAUGAUCAGACAGUUGAGCAGGAGCCAGAAGAUCUGAAGACCCAGGAGGAGCAGCUGAAUGAGCUGGUGGACACCCAAAUGCAAGAGAUUGUUGACGUUGCCAAGAACGUUACUACACGCGGCAAAGACAAAUUAACAAGCAUAGUGGCGUGAGAUAACAUUCUUGGCUUGGUGAAUUGUGAGAUCCUUACUACUUAGUACCUCCAGGGUAGGUAGCAAAACUUCAAAAGUUAUUCACGGGUGGUUAUCCUCCGUGUUCUGUAAUGCUGGUUUUUCACGAGAAUAUCAUAUUCCGACCGUGGCAACUUCUGUUAUUGCAAAAGGAAAUAUGUUUGGUUGAAUCUCACAUUAAAAUCAAAUGAAUUUAUGCCGAAGAUGUUUGAUUGGA